UGAAUUGUUCUUGCAGAUCUGGUUUUGCAUUAUCUUUCUCUCUCUACAUUUCUACUUCUCUCACACAGCCGGACGCACCUCAAAAUAUGGUCAUCAAGAAAAGAUAGAGGGGGCCAACUUGUCUGCCUCCGUAUUUUAACAGAAAGACUUAAUUUGAAACUGCGAAUAAUCAGUAUAGAAACAUCCAGGAGAUCUGAUAAAGUUCCAUUUUUUCAGAUAGGACAAACUGAGUAAUGAUAUAGAAAUGGGGAGGAAAGGAAGCUGGUUUUCCUCAGUAAAGAAGGCUCUUACCCCAAAUUCCAAGGAAAAGAGAGCCCAGAAAGCAAGUAAAUCAAAGAAGAAGUGGGUCGACGAAGAUAAGCCAUCAGUUUCAGGUACGCCAAAUCCAGAUACUAUCCAAGUAUCUAAUCCGCACUCGCUUCCUCCUUUGGAAGAUGAGGAAGAUGUGAAGUUGACGGAAGCAGAGAAUGAGCAGACAAAACAUGCUUAUUCUGUAGCAGUUGCUACUGCAGCAGCAGCUGAGGCUGCUGUAGCUGCUGCACAGGCUGCAGCAGAGGUAGUUCGAUUGACUGCAGUGACCCAAUUGACAGGAAAACCAAAGGAGGAAGUGGCAGCAAUUAAAAUCCAGACUGCAUUCCGAGGUCACCUGGCAAGGAGAGCAUUGCGGGCGUUGAGAGGACUUGUCAGACUAAAAUCACUUGUUGAUGGUCCAACUGUCAAACGGCAAACUGCAAACACUCUGAAAUGCAUGCAGACUCUAUCCCGUGUGCAUUCCCAGAUUCAGUUGAGAAGGCUCAAGAUGUCAGAGGAAAACCGAGCACUCCAGAGACAACUUCUACAGAAACGAGCAAAAGAACUCGAAAGCUUGAGGAUUGGAGAGGAAUGGGAUGAUAGUCUACAAUCUAAAGAGCAAAUAGAGGCAAGUUUGCUGCAAAAGUAUGAGGCUGCCAUGAGACGAGAAAAAGCACUAGCUUAUUCAUACACUCAUCAGCAAACCUGGAAGAAGUCCUCAAGAUCUCCAAACUUACUAUUUAUGGAUCCAACUAAUCCUCACUGGGGUUGGAGCUGGUUAGAAAGAUGGAUGGCUGCCCAGCCAUGGGAGUCCCAAAGCACGGCUGAGAAAGAACUUAACAGCGACCGCUUAUCUGUCAAAAGCGCAAGCAUAGGAGGAGAAAUAACCAAGUCUUUUGCUCGUCAUCAGCUAAACUCCGAUAAUCCAUCUUCACCGGUCGGUCAAAAGCCCCAUCAUCCUUCAAGCCAUCAGUCCCCCGCAACUACCCCUUCAAAGCCGGCUUCUUCAGUAGCCGCCAGAAAAUUGAAGCCGGCAAGCCCAAGAUUGAGCGCAAUUAGUCAAGAUGAUGACACGAGGAGUAUGUUCAGUAUGCAGUCAGAGAGGAACAGGAGGCACAGCAUUGCAGGGUCCAUGAGAGACGAUGAAAGCUUGGCGAGCUCUCCAUCAGUGCCUAGUUACAUGGCAUCUACUAAGUCGGCAAAGGCCAAAUCGAGGUUGUCAAGUCCAUUAGGAACAGAAAAUGGAACGCCAGAAAAGGGACCACCGGGUUCUGCAAAGAAGCGCCUUUCUUUCCCACCUUCACCGGCCAGACCUAGGCGGUAUUCAGCCCCGCCAAAGGUGGACAACUCUUCCAUCGCUGACAGUGAUGCGAAUGGAGUGAUCAAUUGAUUAUCUCCCACCGUUCUAAAUUCAGCAGAUCCCAUAAGCUGACUGAGUUAAGUGGUAGAGAAAAAAAUAAAGGAAAAUAUUGAAAGGAUCAGUUUCCUUUGUGAAGUUCCACUUAAAUUUAUUUGUUUAUUUGCUCUGUGGGCUUGGUUUGGGUUGAUUUCAAUUAGUCUCUCGAGUGAUUCUUGCUAUAAAGCUGUUUCUUAUUCUUUCUCUCAGCUGUUAAGAUUUUCAUAUUGUGAAUUAUUAUUGGUGAUUGUGUGUCUCUAACUUAUUGUCUUAAUUGACCAUGAAAAUUUGAUUUCUUUUUCUUUU